UUUCAAGGAUUCCAAAAUUUAUGGUCUAUAUCUCAUAUCCUAACAUGUAAUAUCUUAAUUAAGAGAAUUUAUGGCACGUUGUAAGCUUGAGAAUUGGUCAUUAAUUUACACAUGGCAUCUUAACCAAGAUCCACAUGUAGACAAAUCGAAGCAAACCCACGUGAAAAAUCUGUAAUUUCAUCUUCCACCAUGUCCGUCACUCAUCCUCCCCGCCCCAUUAAUUGACAAAUCAACAAAUCCUCUGUCCUUCAUUCUUCCUACAAGACAAGAGAGAAGGAGAAAAAAUCCAAGAGAUCAGAAAGAAAGCGAGUUUUUGGAGAGAUGGGUGUGGUGGUAAUAGACGGAUCAACGGUCAGAGACUUCGUGAGCGACGAGGAACAGUUCAAGAAAAGCAUGGACGAGAAGUUUGCGGCGCUCGACCUCAACAACGACGGGGUGCUAUCGAGGUCAGAGCUUCGCAAAGCCUUCGAAUCCAUGCGUCUCCUCGAGACCCACUUCGGUGUCGAUGUUGCUGCCACCCCGGAUCAGCUCACACAGCUUUAUGAUUCCAUUUUUGAAAAGUUUGAUUGUGACCAGAGCGGCACCGUUGAUCUUGACGAGUUCAGGUCUGAGAUGAAGAAAAUUUUGCUGGCAAUUGCUGAUGGGUUGGGGUCUUCUCCUAUUCAGAUGGCUCUUGAGGAUGAUGAUGAUAAUAAUAAUUUCCUCAAGAGGGCUGCUGAUCUUGAAGCCUCUAAGCUCAAUCAAUCUGCAUCUGCAUCUGAAACAUGAGCCCUGCCUAUGCAUUUUUAGCUCAUCUUAUAUGGCUGGGACGUGUUAAUAUGAGUUGUAUGCUUGUACUCUACUUUGAUUUUCUUCUAGUUCUGUUUAUCAUCAAUAAAGCUCUUUUCUUAAAUUCA